AUGCACCUGGCCCGCCCCUCCAUUCUGAAGGACCCGAUCCUGGACUUUGAAACCACCCCCGGCGCCCCCCGAAUCAUCGUCAACGCCGACCCCGUCAUCCCUAACUACCCCGUGUUGCCUCUGUUGAGGAAACACGCCGAUUAUAACAUGAAAAUUGUUGUCGUUGGCGACGGUGGUUGCGGUAAAACUUGUUUGCUUGUGCUGUACGCCCAACAGGAAUUCCCCGAAGUAUACGUGCCCACAGUGUUUGAAAACUAUGUCACUAACGUGGAAACACCUAACCAUAAAGUGAUCGAGCUAGCGCUUUGGGAUACCGCGGGACAAGAGGAAUACGACCGGUUGCGCCCGCUUUCGUACCCUAACGUCGAUGUCCUCUUAGUGUGCUUCUCGUUAGAACUGUUUGUCUCAUUGCAAAACGUUAAGGACACCUGGUUCCCGGAAGUGCUGCAUUUCUGUCCCGGGAUCCCCAUCGUCCUCGUCGGCACCAAGGCUGAUUUACAGCUGCCGAUCCCGCCGGAAUACCCGAUCCAGGUGGCUACCGAUAUCAACGCCAUCGGCUACGUCCAGUGUCUGGCAAAACAGAUGUUUAACAUCAAAACGGUGUUCAAUUUCGCCCUCAACCACUUCCAAAAACAGGUCGAAUUACAAGAACAGGUCGAACGCUCGCAGCAGCGGGCGCUGAAACGCAUAUCUCGCCUCGUCGGCGGUCUGGGAUCGCUGAUGGGCCUGUUGGGCAUCCCCGCCCAGCACCUGAGGCUGCACCUGCGACAACCGCUGGGAGCCACCGGUCGCCUGCGGCGGCGGGGCACUCUGUACGAAAGUGCCGUGUUGUUAGAUAUGCCGUUAGAGGAAGAUAACACGCAGACGAACCCUUACGGCAGGUUUGCCAACGACGCCGAUGCCCCCUCCCCCGCCAUUGUUAAAAAGCCUAAGCCGGCGUACCUCGAGGACGAGUUUGCCUUCACUCGAGAGAAACAAAAGAAAAAGAAAAAGACUAGUAAACGGUGUAUAAUCCUUUAA